GCCCCGCCUCCCAUCAUGAGACCGGAAGCAGGGCUGCAUCAGAGCGGAGCUUCCCUUCCAGCAGAACAGAGCUGAGCUGUCAUUCAUACACACUGGGAGCCGCUGCCUGCCUUUAAAAUGCCGAAAGAAGAAUUUUUCGUCGAUAUGACUUGCGGUGGAUGUUCAAAUGCUGUGACUCGUGUCCUGAACAAGCUUGGAGGAGUUCAGUUUGAAAUUGAUUUGCCCAACAAGACGGUCGUAAUUGACUCUGGACACUCUGUAGAUGUGUUGUUGGAAACACUGAAGAAAACUGGAAAGGAAGCUAAAUAUUUGGGAGCCAAGUAAAUGGACAAAUGAAGAACGUCCUAAAAGCUUGGUGACGGAUCUCUGUAGUGGCGGACAUGCGGAAUUUUCUGAAGAAUAUUAUCUCCCGGCUGUAGUGGCGACAUGGGUUACACUUUCACAUAUAAGUCUUUAUUUUUUUUAACCAAACAUAACACAACUAUAUCCUGACGGUUUUCCUUCUCUCUAUCCGUACGGCCUGGAUAAAGGUGCCGGUGACAUCGUUCCUUCCCUUCCAGAAGUCCAAGUCCUUUUGUUCCGAGAAUCACAUUCACCGCUGAAUCCACGUCUUUAGUAAAUCCUUAGCGCGUGUUCCAGAUGCUCCGAAGAAUAAAUAUUAUGCCGUCGUCGCUUCUUUUGUGGCUAAUAAAAAGUACAAAAAAUGUUAAAAAAAAAUCACACUACGGGUGGGUUAUAAAAUAAGGAUGCCUUGGGUGCUAGUCACAUGUUUACUGUAGUAGCUUAUACUGCCUUUAUGGUAACUAGACCCCCAUUUUUUACAUUAAAGGGGGAUACUCAUUUGCUUCAUCUCUUUAAGUGGCAAAGGGGUGCGUUGCUCAUCACAUCUGGUUCUCAAAGAUUAAAUAAUUUAAUUAUCUGAAACACCGAAAAUAUUAGUAAAAGUGUUUUUGUGUGUGAUUGGAUUAUGACAAUUCUUGUGUCCGAUCAUCCAUCCCUAUAGUACAGGGGCGUCCAACCUGUGGCCCUCCAGCUGCUGCAGGACUACAUCUCCCGUACUCCUCAGCCAGCCCCUUAGCUGAAAGAGCAUUAUGGGAGAUGUAGUCCGGCCGCAGCUUGGACACCCCUGCUAUAGCACGUUGCCUUUCACCGAUUUACGUGCUUGCCAGCUGCUCCUGUUUCCAAGACUUUUUAAGUUCAUGACAUCUUGGCACAUAAUUACCGCUUCAUUAUUCGCUUAUUCUAAUGUUAAGAAACCGUUACAUUUUGAUAUGUGUAGAAUUCUUUUUACGCUUAACCAAAACGAAUGCCGCUGUCGCUAAAAUGUUAGCGUUUAAUGAAUAUUGACAAUAAUACACAUGCCACGGCCAAGAUGUUGGUUUAAAUAAGCUAUUGAUUAAAUAUAUAUA